AGUUUUGUUUGCUUUAUUAUGUUCAAAAAAUCUCUUAAAAUAAAAUUGGGUGGUAGAGCGCGCUCCCACGCGGCAGCCGGUCACACCAGCGUAUCGGAUGUGCUUCCUGCGGGAGUUUAGUUUUCAACUUCGUUUGAUCGUCUGCUGGCAUAAGUGAUAUUGAUCAAGCAAGAAAACACCUUCAGGCGCUCGCAUGCUCUCUGAUGGGUCCACGAAUUAGAAGCGUUCGCGAGUAACCGCUGCGUUGUGCCUGAUAGACGCAUAGAGAUGAUGUCGGCGGCAGCAGCGGCGGUGUGCGGGGGAUCCCCGGUCCUGCCUUCAAGUACGGUGGAUCCGGCCACAAACGAUGCGCCGCUGGAGUUUGCGGCACGAAUCAAGACCACUGUGGCCCCCGAAGGGCUCGGACGUCCUGUGGGAGCAACAUUUGGGAGCUUUGCUGCUGGUCUGGCUGAAGGAGCCACUGGCCUCCCCUCAUUGGCUAGCCUCAUGGGCAGUCCUGCACCCUGGGGUGUGCCCCCAUUUAUCGGCCUGCCCGGAGACCAUGCCCUUAUGGGAGUGGUUUCCAGCUACAGCCAGUGCCCACAGUUUGGUUUCCUAGGACCACCACCUGAAAUUGGGCCCGGAAUACUGCCAGCCACUGUUCUCAGCCCGAACGCACCUGUGAAGGAGCUGCUGAGGUUUCCAAGCUGUGUCCUGUACCCUCCAAAGCCAAAUAUGCCACCGCCAGCCACACGAGAUCGACCUCCAGGCUGUCGCACAGUGUUUGUGGGUGGCCUGCCUGAGAGCUCUACGGAGGAGCUGGUGCGAGAGGUUUUCCAGCACUGUGGCACCAUCACCACCGUUCGCAUGAGCAAGAAGAACUUUUGCCACAUCCGCUUUGAGACAGAAGAGCAAGUGGAUCGUGCCAUUGCCCUCUCAGGGUACCGGAUGAAAAUUCGAGACCAAGAGGAGGCCAGCCACACUGGACAGCUGCAUGUGGACUUUGCACAGGCACGAGACGACCAGUACGAAUGGGAGUGCCGCCAGCGAGCUUUGCAGCGUGAACAGCGCCACCGGGAGCGGUUGGACCGUGAGCGGUUGCGGCCGCCUUCACCGCCGCCAGUGGUCCAUUAUUCAGACCAUGAGGCCCAACAGCUGACUGAGCGUCUCAAAGGGGACGAAAGCUUCCAGAAGGCAGUGCAAGUGCUGACAGUGUGGUUGGACCGCGGGGAGUGCACCAAGCGCAACGCAGGUCAAUUUUACUCAAUGCUGCAGACAGCCAAUGGUCACAUCCGCCGCCUACUCCAAGAGAAGCAGGAUCACCAAGAAGCACUGGACAAGGCCCGUGUCCUAUUUGCCCAGAGGCUCCAGGGGAUCCUUGUCCAAUUGGGACAAAUUGAGAAGGUAUUUUCCAUGGCCAGUCAUCAGAAGGUUUGGGACCAUUUCACCAAGGCCCAGCGCAAGAACAUUGAUACCUGGCGCAAGCAAUCUGAGGAAAUCAAGUCUGCGCACUUGGCUGAUGUGUUGGACAAGCGCCAGGAAGAUGAGAUGGAUCUGAGUGAUGAGGACGAGCCGCCACCUGCAAAGGCAGCCAAGAUAUCAGAGAGUGGCUCAGAAGUUGAUGGCUGCACUGCUCUGGCCGCAGAAGAUGAAUCAGCAGCAGCGACGCGACUGGCCCUGCAAGAAGAGUGCGACUCCCUCCGGUGCCAGCUGGAGGCGUAUCGCAACGAGGCGCAGCUUCUCAAGGCUGAGCAAGAGCAGCGAGACCAGCAGCUGCACUUGCUCCAGCAAGCCUUGCAGGGCCUUCAGCAGCAGCGCGCACGGGAUUUCCAGGAACUUGAAAAAUUGCGGUCAUCCAAAAACGGCUCUACGCCAAGUCCUGAGAGAGAACCAUGCUCAGCAUCUGGUUCGCGGAAUGAAGUGUCCUCGUCUACUCAGGUUGCAGGGAUAAGAAUCACUGAAAAGGAUGCAAAGCUGAUUGGUUUGGUGUCCAUGUUCCUGCAUCUGCAUCCGGACGGUGCAAGUCUGGACUACCUGUGGUCUUAUGUGCACACUCGGGAGCCCGCUCUGCAGCCCUGUGAUGUCGAGGUGCUCCUUUCGAAGUUCCCCACCCUGUUCCCGCUCGAGGUCACAGGUGUCGGUGCCACUCUCGAGAGACGAUGGAAGUUUGGGGGAUUCGCGCCGUCUCUUUGAAAUGUUUUUCUCGUCUGUUCUCAACUCUAUUUUUUUCCUCCUCCUUGGCGCCCUUCUUUGAUUUUGCGUACUCUUCUGUCAAGGCUCUCUUGUCUUGCCCUCUUUCGGUGUUGUUCCUGUCACAUCGGUCUUGAUUGUCAAACACGAAAAGCAUCGUCAAACACGAAAAGCAUCUGCAUUUUCGUUUUACAGAUCAUUCAGCAUCACAGUAUUAUUUCAAGUAUGUUGUACACGAAAGGUGUCUGUUGAAAAUGUGGCUUGACCUACAAUGUUUGUUCUGACUGAGCUGUGUCAUCUAUUUAAGGACAAACCUUAUUUAGGCAAGCACAGCCUUGUUAUGUCCUUAGAGCAAGGCUUGACUCAUGGCCCAUCAGAAUUCUUACAGAUGCUUGUGUGAUGGACACUGUGAUGAACUCGUGCAGCAGUCCAUGGGCAGUUUAAAUUGGUGCAAUUUUCCAUGUAUAACGUGUCAGCUUAUCAGCUCCUUGCACAUUCAAACUGCCUGUGCAUGGGCAAAUUUCGAUACGUACUGUUUCUUAGGCUGUAACCUAACACUUACACGAUGUGCAUACCUUGGUUGGUUGAACAGUGCAUGCUAGUCAAUGUAUGGCAGCAUUCUCACUCUUUAUUAGUGUUAAAUGCGUUCAAUUGUAGGGAACGGCUUUUAUGCACUUUUUUUUUAUUAUUGGUAUUUAUCUCACCUGCAUGAAGGCAUAUAUAAUGCUGUGUACUAUCCAUCUGACUGUAACCCGGUAUGUUGCAUGUUUUGCUUACCCUUGUUGGUGGCAUUUUACAGCAGCAGUGCAAGCUAUUUCGGAGUUUAUUUUGUUCCUGUUAAGCGCAUUAGGAAAGUAGGAUUGUGUUAUUGAAGUGAUGGUAUAUAUAAUGCUUACUGUCUCUAAGCUAUCAAUGAUGUGGCAAAUACAAGGGGCAGCAGCAAUCCAAUAGGUGCAGAAUGCAAAAUGAUUGUGCACCAUGCUUUGGAUGGAAAUUAACCUGUAGCACCCCAGCACUGCAUCUCUCAUAGCCUGUGUGCUACGACUGGAUGGUAACCCCCAUCAAACAAUCAAGCUAUCUUCAUACAACAGCAAGUGAGCCAAGCAUGCCUGGUCGGUUUUGUGAUAUGUCAUCACACAAGCAUGGACUAGCUGGCAGGUCAGUGCUGCUGACAAAAUUGCGGCAGGAAAAUGGGUGAAACUACCAUGAAACACAGAAUAACGCAGCCAUAGUAAGCAUGCCUAGCCUCUUGGUCAGGCCAUCAUACCUGCUGCUCACAAUCUUCAAUACAUUGUUAGAUGAUUAGCAGUUAUGAACCAAAGAAGAUGCAAUGAGCAGUGGUAUGGGGGCUGACAUCUUCAAUUCCAUUCGAUAAACAUUCGGUUCAGUUCAAAAAUGCACUCAGAGGCUGUUGUAGUGCAUGGCAUUUCCUCUGUUGUACAUUCAGUAUGCACUCUCAUUUUGCCACCGCAGUCCACCAUCUGGUUUCAACCAGCUGGCCAGUCAGCAGUCACAAGGCGUCAUUUAAAAAGAAAAUUGGGCAGGUCAAAAUCUCCUGCAAUGCUUGCAACAGAUGUUGCCUAGCUGCUGCACAUCACAUGCACAUGUCAAUUACGUGCACCACAGCAAAUUGCAGAUUUCUGCUUGUCAUGCAGUAUUAGUGCAGUUAGUGCAACUGCUCGUUGUACUAUACAAAAUUUUCACAGUACUCUUUAGAGCGCGCAAUUCAACUGAAGUGUGUCGGUGUGAGAGGAGGCCAUCUCCCUUGCUGCCAAUGUGCACAUCCUGCCACUCAGUGCCACAAUCGUGGAAGUGGUCGAGCUGUGAUAGCGUUAGUGCAAAUGAGCCCUUUUACAGACCGCAUUAUCACAAAAGGUUGCUUCUGUAUUAAAAAGACCCCCCGAGGUUUUUCAUCGAAGCUGCAGCCUCUUUGUCUCUAAAGGGUUCCUUCUCUCCAUUUCAUUGCAAAUCUGCUGGAUGGCUAUGCCUGAGCUAGCACUUGUAACAAUUGUACUGCUUAGGCGGUUGUGUGUAAUAUUGUGUAACGCCUUUCUUUAUCCUUCUUUUGCCUGCACAUUCGUGAACAUUCUGUUUUCUUGUGCAAAGAAAUUGACCAAUGCUGGCUUUCACCUUCUGUGAGGUGAUCUCUUUACACAACGGAAUUCUCACAAGAUUGUGCAGUGUCUGGGAACACAGGGAAAGGUGAACAAAAAUGUUUCAAGUUACCUUAGCCAUAGACAUUGGAAGGCCUGUCAAGACGUUGUAAUAGCUUUUUAUUUUUAGGUAUAAAGUAGUUCCUCAUUACUCAUUGUUUUAUAAAGAUGUUUAAGUAGUAACAUUAGGUAUGGGCAUGCCUUAUUGAUGUAGACUGUAAUGCUUUAUUAGCAUUACAUACUCCAUUUCCGAAUUUGCUGUUUGUUUUAAAUCUGCAGUUAUCAUGCCAUGGAUUGGGUGAUGUCCAAAACAGAAUGACAAAGCCUUGUUUAGCGUAAAGCCUUGUUUAGAUUAUUCUAAUCCUUGCAUGAAGUAGACUGACUUUCUGUAUCAAAUACCUUAACCAUAACACUUUAGCAUUUUAGCUAAGUGUGUGAGCAAGAAAGCAGCUGCCAGCAUUUCUAACUCGAGAACUGCAAUAUUGCAUACUUCCUGUUUUAAAUUUCAACCUUUUUAGAAGCACUAGCUCAUGACAUAUGAAAAAAUGUUCCAGAAGCCAGGGGAAUUCAUAUUCAAACGUAUAGCUUCACUGGCUUUACUCAACAAUAAAACAAUAACAAAACAUAGACGUUUCGCCACCUAUGCGGGUGGCAUCGUCAGUACACAAAUGGCAUCCCAUGAAAGAGUACAUCAACUUAUAUCUUGCCGUAAACAUCCGGCAAAGGACCACGAUUACUGUUGCAUGCAUUUUGAUUAUGACGGAUGAACCAUGAUUCGAUGAAUUUCCUUGGGCCCCAUCGUUGUUCCCGUGCCAGCGUCGUCACAUUAUCGAAAUCGAUAAUGUGACGACGCUGACAUAUAAUGUGACGAUUCCAUGACAUAUAUUAUUAAAGUCCAAAUAGCUAUGAUAAGGGAAGUAAAGUGAUUGCUCCGAGAUAGGCAUACUGUACUGCCGCAGCUUAUAUUCUUGAAGCCAUGCUUUUCUGUAGGUGUAGCAGCAAACACACUACCUGGUUCAAAUACUCCCCAUGCUGACAUGCCAAAGAUACAGUAACACUGCGUGCUUACUUAUACAACAUGCUUCAGCUUUAAUAGCCAGUGUUUACAUCUUUCCUAUGGUCGAACUUCUCGUCUCAAAGUUCACACUGGCUGUGGUUGUCAGGAAGGUGAAGAAUAGCAAAUGUGUUCAGGACUAUGCGCAGAAGGGCCAAAUGUGUUGUGGCUAUUGCAAAACACCAUGUUGUUUUGGUGAUAGCAAGUAAGGCUUUACUGCAAUGGUGUUACAUAGCUUUUAAAGUUAUCUUUGAACAAGUAAAUGGGCAUUGCUGCUCAGCUGUUGCUAAUGCUCUGCGAGUAACUGCAGCCAAACCUCAUUGUAACGAAGUCAUAUUUGACAUAAAAAUACUCUUAUAUCUGAUAUUCUUUAUAAGCAUAUAUUUCUUACAUGCUGAUAUCGUAAAGAAAUAUUUAAUAUUUACUUUGUUAUAUCCAAUAAUUUGUUAUAUCCGUCUUCAUUCUAUCGAGGUUCGACUGUAGUGUGAAGAGGCAUUUAGUCUGUUGCAACUAGCUGUUGUAACCACAGUAAUGAGUAGCAGUGUAAUGGCAGCAUUACAGUGGAUGGCUACUAGCCUAUGUAGUGUGUGUAGUUGGCUAUGAGAUUUUGUCUUUCUGCAUUCGUAAUUGAGAUGGUCUGCUUCAAGCACUUUGCCUUCCACUGUGGUAGUAGUAGAUUAUUUUCCUUGUUAACAUUAAUGAAAUGGUACUUCAUCAAACCGGCAUUUACAAUCAUGUAAGCACUAUGCUGUAUGACGACAUAUUAAAGGUGCGACUAGGGAAUAUGCAGAAAAAAAAAAAAACAAGCCAUUCCACAUGCUUCUUCCAGCAUGUUUUCUGUUGAGCCUGAAGUAAACUCCUAAGUCGAACCAUAGUGUGCAUUUAGUCGUCACUUACUUUUAUGUUGCAUUUAUGUAACAUUUUAAUGACUUAAAAUUAAUUUACCCAGAAUGAAAAUUUUACCCUGCAUUACAGCAGAAUCUCGGUUAUAUUAUUAAUCUUAUGAAGCAUAAAAAAUAUUGAUAUAAUCAGAUUUUGCAUCAUUAAGUAAGAAAACAACUAACUGAAUCAGUUAACUACAUGAAGAGCAUGCAUAUUUUCAGGUUAUUUUCCCUAUUCAUUUUCAAAGAAAUUAUUGAAGCAGCUUGGAUGCAAAGCUGAAAAUAAAGUUUACAAAAUGCAGACCAGACAAACAAGAGUGACAUUUGCCCUGUUUACUUUUUUCCUAAUUUCCUCUACGUGCUCCUUCAAAUACAAGAAAGUAUCACCCGACUAGCCUGACAAAAUGUUCACUCCUUCUGGUAACUUGGUUGACAAUGUCAUCUUGCUGAUGCUUUAAGAGGUUUAAUGUCUUGUGCAUGCUUAUGCAGUCAUGCUUGCUUAGCUCAAAAUGCAAUGUGCAGCGUUUUAAGGCAAGUUGUGUUUACUGGUUGUUACUGGUAACAUUGAUUCCAUGCGAGGGCUCCCAUCAGCCCCUGACCAUCGCAGUGACAGUUGACAGCAACUGACAGCGACACAGUUCCGAUGUUGCUGUCACAUAAACCGGUUUUUACAUGAGCACAACAAAUAAGCAUGUUCGCGAAGUCCCUUCUUUGGUGAUGCAUAUGCACUGCUACAUGUUACUGUCUUUUAGAGUGGGAAGCCAUGUUCUCAUUGGAGUUGAAUGCAAAAACAUUCGUGCACCAUUGAGCUUGGUAAAAAUUAAAGUGGAGCACUUCUCUGUGGCAUUGGGACAUUGAACUUCAUCAGUCAAUGAAUAAAUCAAAAUCAAAACUUUCUGAUCAGUGGAAAAGAAGUAUAUGAAGACAAAGUUGACAUGCUGAGAUGCCUGAAAUUUACCUGUCAUAUUGUUGCAGAGAUGUCACCUGCAGUAGAUCGGUGAGGAGCGCAUUCACAUCAUCUUGAAAUGUGACCCUUCAUACAUGCAGUUUCAGUAGUAACUGGGAGAAAAAAAAUAUUGUGCACAUCAUUGAGAUUCUAAUAGAGAUUACACAGCUACAAAAGUCUGGCUACAUUUUGUAAGCUUUCCUAGCAUUCUUUUCAGCGCUUUUCUUACAACAACAUAGAUUGAUUAGAAGUUUUGUAUAUGUAGCAAGCAGCGUUACUUUUUGUAUUGUUGCCUUGAAAUUGCUUAGUGCUGUUCAGAUUACAGUGCAUACAGCAUUUUAACCUGGAGGGACAUGUACUGUAAAGAAGUAACUAAUUUCAAGCAUGGUCACGCAGCUAGCGUUUAUUACACCAAUCACAUGAGACUGAGCUAUAGAAAUUAACAUUGUUUGUCACUGGAACACUCGACUCGCAACAGUGGGACUUCUAAAUCUCAGAGUUUAUUGUUACCCUUGGUGAAGUGCCAUUUGUGAAAGUUUUUCAGGACUCUAGCGUAUUGGGAUUGAAUUAUUUUAGCCGUGAACACUGACUGUGAUUACAGGUUGUGCACCCUUGAGGAAAGUGCGAAAGAUUAUAAUUGCAUAAUGAUUAUAAUUAUGUAAUGAUUGUAAUACUAUGGAUGAUCAUAAUUGAGGGACUUUGUAUUGGAGAGUAGGGCCCUGCUCACUGUAUUACUCAGGUGCACAGGUUCCGAGGACAUAAAAAGAAAGUCAUAAGCAACAUUGUGCAAAGGAUUCUCAGCAAAUUCACUUGAGUAUUGAUAAAUAUCUAGCAGAAAUUGUGUGUAGUUCGCACAGAUAAAUUGGGCGGCUUUCAGAAAACAUAUGGCAGCAUCUUAAUAUUCUGGCUUUCCAAAUAUGAAAAUAAAUGCCCUGCGUACACACUGUUGCUUUUUACGGGCAGACGGUAUUGUGCCAUGCUUUCUUCUCACACGAGUGGUGGUAGUGGCUACAAUGCAUCGCUUCAGGAUAAAAAAUUGUAAUCCGUGGAAUACGACCAUUAGAACCAUGCCUGCACAGAAUUAUAAUGUGCUUGAAUUCACGCAAAGACAGUGAAUAGCUACAUAGAAUUUUACCUUGAGAACUCUAUGACUGCAUUUUUAUGGUUAUGGAUGAAUUUUACUUGAAUGAUCUGAGUUAUGUUUAGAAGUUUGUGUUUUGUAUUUCAGGAUUUCUUAUUUUUACCGUUUAGAACUUUCAUGUGUGUUGAUGGUUCCUGACAUGUACUGCUUCUGUGCGCUGCAUGAUCUGGCACAUGUGCAGUCACAACUGCAUAGACGUAUAUAGUUGGCAUGAGCAAAAUUACUUGCGCUUUCAGGUGAAGGAUGGGAGCUUGUGUCCGUCCUGUGAUAAGUAGCUAAGACUACUCUAAUUCAUGCUUGCCCAUAACUUGCACACAUAAUGGGAAUGUACAGAUACUGAGGAACCUUAUGUAAGAGGAACUAAGUAAUACCAAGUUGGCCGAUAAUUUAGACUACAGCUCUGGUUCCUUCGAUAGUUUACUCCAAUGUAUCAAGAACAUUGUCCCAGAUUGUUAGCCCAAAUAACUGCUCAUCACCUGAAGAGCCUGUGCCACAGGCUCUUACUCCAUGUGUGCUGUUUGCUACAGAUGUUUGUCCUGUGUGUAUGCUAACAAAGAGCAUUGUAUAUACUGAUCAUAUAGCUCAUAUGAUUUUCUUGUGCCAUUUUUUUAAACAUUUCUUGUAAGAGAUUUGCUGAUAUCGUCAUAAGCAGUUAUUGCCAAAAGUACACAAGUCAUUCGCAUGUGACAGGAAUGCUUACUAGGGUGUGGUAAUUGUCAGAUUCUAGAGUAAAUGCUACUAAAUUUUCCGGUCUUGAGGGAGUUGUGCUACAUUGCAACAAAUGCUGAGAAACCACACUAUUUCCUGCUUCUCUAGAUGCAUACAAUGAAGAUUUAAAAUGCACAGCUCCUCUGUGACCACCCACAGUCACUCAGUCAGACAGGUAGGCAAGGUUUAGAGCAAUAAAGUGAUUAUAGUGGCUAUGCCGUUGCAUUGCUAAGCUCAACGUUGCGGGUUCAAUCCCAGCUGCCUCUGCAGCAUUUUGAUGGGAGCGAAAUGCAUAAAGAACACUCGUGUACUUAGAUUUAGUUGCACCUUAAUGAACCCCUUGUGGUCAAAAUUAAUCCGUAGGCACCGCAGUGUGCCUCAAUCAGAUCAUGGUUUUGGAACACACAGCCUCAGAAUUUUAGUACAAUAAAGUAAAUGUUAAAGCAGUGCUCAUAUGGCGUGACCAAUACACAUGCUUUGAUUUGAGCAGGGGGUUACUUCAAAGCUCAGUGGCACCCAAAACAAAACUGAAGUAAACUUCUACAUUUGCCUGACUUCAAUGCUUUUUCAUUCAUUUUGCAUAUGCUGGUUGCCGAGAAUUGCAGGUGUAUGUUAGUGCAAGAUAAAAUAGAAGUGCAGCGUGUCUGCUGCUCUAAAUACAUGAAAAGAAGGAAGAGAGGGGCAUCCAUCAGUGCAAAAAAUUCCUGUGAAGUUGAGCGUGGCAAGUCAUUCUCGUGGCGGGAUGCAUCAGUUAAAAUGCUGUUCCCAGGAGCCUCAUUACACAUUCUGAGUUACAUGCCUGUGUACAUUUGACAGUCACUGCAGUUUCUGUGUUUCUGCAUACCAAGGAAUUUACUCAGCAUUGCCUAUCUUGGGAUCUCAAAUGUGAAGAGGACAGCGAGUUUACACUUGAAGCAUGGUUGUGAUGAUGCGGAAGCGAGUAUGCAGUGUUAACCUAGUGUGCUGUGCUACCUUCAACUGUUGUGUAUACUUUAUUUAUUACUCUUGCUCUAGGAAUUUUUGCAGCGUGCAGCUUGUGUGUGUAAUAUCUAGCAUGUUGCUUAUUUCUGUGUUAAUUUUGUGGUUUGUGUGUGUGUGUGUGCAAGUUUUGCAACAGCUUAGCUCAGUCAUGUAGAUUUGGGGGGGGGGAGUCAUUGAGGGUGAAGGAAUAUGGGCUUAUGGUGAGCAGUUUCUUAAGGCUGAGCUGCUCCUGUCUCAGUAUUGCCUUUGCUAUGUUUUCAGGGUGUGGUUUAGUGUAUACAUCACAUGUGAUUUUCUGCAAAUACUGCACUUGCUGUAACUAAAACCUGUGCACUCUGUGCAGCGUCCAUGUGUGCACAUAUGCACUUGCCUAAGGAGGUACUGUUUCGAGGUCUGUUGUUACCAUUGUGCAUAAAGCACAAAUGUAAAGAGGACAGAGAGUUUACACUCGCUGUCCUCUUGAUCAGCCAUAUAUGUAUUUAUGAAAGUGGUUAAAACUUGGUCACUUGGUAUCUGAUGCCAAAUAUUACUGGUCAUCGUUCUUGAAUGCUAACUCUGCUAGAAUUGUACACUUUGCUGCAAAUAAAAUGGAUGAUAAAAGUGUG